CUAAAAUGUCAAAAAUUAUCCCGUAAGUUAUAAUUUCCAUCAACUAUAAAUAAAAAAGGUUUAGGAAAUUUUCAAGAAACUAAUAAAAACAUAUGUACUACCUAUAAAAAAAUAUGUUGGAAUUAUAAAAAUUAUCAAAAAAUGUGAAAUCGUCAAUGGAACAAGUAAAGCACGCGACAUGCAAAACGUGGUCAGAUGGCAAACAUAUCUUGGUCAUAUUAAGAAUAUAAUUUACCUUUAACAUUUUCAACACUGAUUUCAAAAACCGAUUAUAAUUCCUGCAAAGUAGCAGCAAUCACCUAAGGCCUGGACUCUAUUAAUUUUUUAUCUACCGUACGACCUGUGAUGGGACCAACUAGUGAAUUUCGUAUUUUGUUGAAAUCGAGGGUCAGCCUGGGUCAAAUCCAUGCAUGAUAAGAAGGUUAUGUUACGUAGUUGUCUUGGACUUGGAUAAUGAAAAAAAAAUGGCCCUUGUAGCUUACGAUUAUAGCGACAAUGAGAAUGAGGAGGAAGCUGAUGAAGAAACUGGCGCUUCUUGUGUUGAAAUCAACAAAAAUCCUCAAGUUUCAGCAUUAAAACACAACCAAACAAACAAAGAAAAUCACGGUGAAGUCAGUAACAACGUAGUUGAAAUUACAACAAAUAAGGACUCUGCGCCAACUACAAUUUCCAUCAGUGAAAACAGUACAACAGAACCCGUAGUGGAAAGUAGUUUAUUUGUCAAAUUACCAGAAACUAAGCGGUCUAUAGGUGUCAUUGAAGAAGACCAAAUUGAGGACUUCAUACCCAGACCAAAGCCUCCAAAGGUAAAAGAGAAAGUGAAAAUAUUAAUACCAUCUUUAUCUGAAUUGGCAGAUAUUGAGGAUGAUGAACCAGUUGCUAAAAAAGCAAAGCCUUCAUCCAAAGGAAGUGGUCUUAUGUCUCUCCUGCCCCCAGUUAAAAGUUCAGUUUUAUCAACAAAGAGCUUUGUUCCAAAUGUUGUUGCUAAUAAAACAAAACAAACAAGAGCAAAUGAUAAAUCAUCUACAUCGAGCUCCACCAUGAUACCUCAUGUAAUUCGAACGCAUGCUGAAGUUAAAAAAACACAACUCAUGCAUAAGCUGCAAGGCAAAUCACUGCCUGGUAGUCAAGAAAGUGAUGAUGAUGAUGAAGAUGAUGUAGAGAUACCAGAAACAUUUGAUGAUGAAAUGUGGCAAAAAGUAUGUGGACGUUCAAAGCCAACAUCUGCCAUUAUAGAACAUAAUGGGCCAGAACAACCAAUGUUUGUUGAACCUGUAAAUAUCGCUCCUGAACCUGAAAAGCCUUAUGAUGGAUUGGACAACAAGGCCUUUAAGGAACUCGUGGGCAGGACUAAACGACCAAUUGGCAAUAUAAAACUGAUUGACAUCAAUGAAGAGGAUGUACUUCCUGAAAGGGAACUAUGGAUGACUAAAGCAUUAACAGAUCCAGAAAUGGAGCCUAAAAAAGAAGCUGAGAAUCCUGUGGAUCCCACAAGAAGAAGGAAACACCACAUUACAUAUCUUGCACAACAAGCAAAAGCUAACGAGCAGGAGUUACAGAAUAGUUGGGCUUCUAGCAAGAAUAACAGAAUGAUGUCAAGAGCUAAAUAUGGUUUCUAG